UUCCUGUUGUCAGUGGCUGCGAGGUCGCUUCGUCUGGUCAGCGGCUGAGGGGCUGCGGCCCCGGCAGUGUCCCCGCGCCUCCUCCGCUCCCUGUGACAGUACAGAGUCUCCUGCCAACCCCACAACCCACCCUGAACAGCCAAAUCCAGGUGCUUGCUCAGAGCCUGACAGAGACCAAGCAGCUUGAAUGGUGUCAUGUGAUGCUCCAUGGGUGUUGCUGCGUGAGUGGAGAUGCUCUCAGUGGUGGAGAAUGGACUGGAUCCCCGGGCUGCCAUCCCGGUUAUCAAGAAGAAGCUUGUGGGAUCCGUGAAGGCAUUGCAGAAGCAGUACGUGUCCUCGGACGCGGUGGUCACCAGCGAAGACGGAGAUGCUAACACCAUGUGCAGUGCCUUGGAGGCUGUGUUCAUCCACGGCCUGCAUGCCAAGCACAUCCGGGCUGAGGCUGGAGGAAAAAGGAAGAAAAGUGCCCACCAGAAGCCUCUGCCUCAGCCUGUCUUCUGGCCCCUCCUGAAGGCCGUCACCCACAAACACAUCAUCUCGGAAUUGGAGCACCUGAUCUUUGUCAGCACGGAUGUGGGCCGCUGCCGGGCCUGGCUGCGGCUGGCCCUCAAUGAUGGCCUGAUGGAAUGCUACCUGAAGCUGCUCCUCCAGGAGCACGCCCAGCUGUGCGAGUACUAUCAGCCCACGGCCCUGCUUCGAGAUGCUGAGGAGGGCGAGUUCCUCCUCAGCUUCCUGCAGGGACUAACAUCCUUAUCCUUUGACCUCUCCUACAAGUCCGCCAUCUUGAAUGAGUGGACGCUUACUCCACUGGCCCUUUCUGGGCUUUGCCCACUCUCUGAACUUGACCCUCUCACUACCUCUGGCACAGAACUACAGCGGAAGGAGUCUCUGGAUUCAAUUUCCCAUUCCUCAGGAUCAGAGGACAUCGAAGUCCAGCACUCAGGCCAUAAGAUCCGCCGGAACAGGAAGCUCACUGCCUCCUCCCUCAGCCUGGACACAGCAAGUUCAUCCCAGCUGUCUUGCAGCCUAAACUCUGAUAGCUGCCUGCUCCAAGAGAAUGGGUCCAAGAGUCCAGACCGUUCUGAGGAGCCCAUGUCCUACGACUCAGACCUGGGGACAGCAAAUGCAGAUGAUUCAGACCCAUCCCUGCAAGAGGUGUUGUCGGAAUUCAGCAAAGCCCAGGUAAACUCUGUGCCAACCAACGGACUGAGCCGAGAAGUGGAGACUCCCACCCUGCAGGUCUCGCUCUUCCCCCGCCACGAGGACACCAGCACAUGCCUGCACUUUGAUGUGCCUGCAGAGCCCCUCCCUGCCCAGGCCUCCACUGGGACUCCAGAUGGUGGCCCCAAGCAGGAGCCACUCUUCCAGGCACUUGGCACCCUGGGCUCGAAGCCACUGGGCACGGCCCUAACUCUUCCUUCCAGGAGCACUUCAGGCCAGCAGCCUCCUAGUCCUGUGAGAGAGACCUCCAGAGCAGUUGGCCAGAGAAGUAGCCAGCAGAAGCCCCUGGAGGACGACAGAGCUGGCCAGAGCCUUGGGGUUCCAUCACCCACAAGUGCGAAAAGCAAGAGCUGGAUCUCAGAAGAUGACUUCUAUCGGCCUCCCCAAGAGCAGCCAGUGGAAAGUCCUCCAGAUAACUCUCUAGACUCCUCCAGAGGGACCCCAGAGACAAGGCCCGGUCUCCGCAGGCAUUUUUCUCAAGGACCAAGAAAAAGCUACUCCAUGGGGGCCUUAGACAAAGCUUGCAUGCCUUCCCCGGGACCCAGGAAAAGCCAGGCCACUGCCACGGCCCAGGAACAUAAGAACUUCUGGGUGGUGCACCGCAGGCAGAUGGGACUGUCCAACCCCUUCCGGGGUCUCAUGAAGCUGGGCACGGUAGAGCGGCGAGGCCCAGUGGGCAUCUGGAAGGAACUCUUCUGCGAGCUGUCUCCACUGGAGUUCCGCCUCUACCUGAGCAACGAGGAGCGCACCUGUGUGGAGAACUGCUCCCUGCUGCGCUGUGAGUCUGUGGGGCCGGCCCACAGUGACGGCCGCUUCGAGCUGGUCUUCUCGGGCAAGAAGCUGAUGCUGCGUGCCUCCUCCCAGGACGAAGCGGAGGACUGGCUGGACCGGGUGCGGGAGGCCCUGCAGAAGUGCCGGCCCCAGCAGGACGACGAGUGGGUGAACAUCCAGUACCCAGACCAGCCUGAGGAGCUCUCAGAAGCUCCCCAGGGUGGCCCUCCCUCCCACUCAGACCUGCUGUCAGAGCCAGAGACCGUCCAGGGCCCAACGUUCGAUUGGUCCUCUGCCCACGUUCCCGAGCCAGAUGCUAUUAAGGAGUCCCUUCUGUACCUGUACACAGAUAGGACCUGGGUGCCCUAUAUCUUUUCCCUGACCUUAGAGUCCCUGAAAUGCUUCCGCGUGAGAAACAAUGAGAAGCUGUUAAGUGACAGCCAUGGAAUUGAGACCAUCCGAGAUAUCCUGCCAGACUCGAGCCUCGGGGGCCCUUCCUUCUUCAAGAUCAUCACAGCCAAGGCCACCCUCAAGCUGCAGGCCAGGAGUGCUGAGGAGGCCGCCCUGUGGAGGGACCUGGUGCGCACGGUCCUGGCGUCCUACUUGGAGGCGGCCGAGGAGGCCGUGACACUCGGUGGGAGUCUGGAUGAGAACUGUCAGGAGGUGCUGAAGUUUGCCACACGGGAGAACGGCUUCCUGCUGCAGUACCUGGUGGCCAUCCCCAUAGAGAAAGGCCUCGACUCCCAGGGCUGCUUCUGCGCAGGCUGCUCCCGGCAGAUCGGCUUUUCAUUUGUACGCCCUAAGCUCUGUGCCUUCUCUGGCCUCUAUUACUGUGACAUCUGCCACCAAGACGAUGCCUCAGUGAUUCCAGCCAGGAUCAUCCACAACUGGGACCUCACCAAGCGCCCAAUUUGCCGCCAGGCCCUGAAGUUCCUGACGCAGAUCCGGGCACAGCCCCUCAUCAACCUGCAGCUGGUGAACGCGUCUCUGUACGAGCACGUGGAGCGGAUGCACCACAUUGAAAGGAGCCGGGAGCAGCUGAAGCUCCUGGGUGACUACCUGGGCCUGUGCCGCAGUGGAGCCCUGAAGGAGCUAAGCAAGAGGCUCAAGCACAGGAACUACCUCUUGGAAUCGCCCCACAAAUACAGUGUGGCUGACCUCCAGCAGAUCGCAGAGGGGGCGUAUGAGGGAUUCCUCAAGGCCCUGAUCGAAUUCGCCUCCCAGCACGUCUACCAUUGCGACCUGUGCACCCAGCGCGGCUUCAUCUGCCAGAUCUGCCACCAUCACGACAUCAUCUUCCCCUUUGAGUUUGACACCACGGUCAGGUGUAGCGAAUGCAAGACCGUCUUCCACCAGAGCUGCCAGGCCGUGGUGAAGAAAGGCUGCCCCCGCUGUGCCCGCCGGCGCAAAUACCAGGAACAGAACAUUCUCACCUAACCCCGGUCUCCUGUCCCCCCGAAGUGGGGCACAGGUUCAGCGCGGCCACCCAGCUGGGCUGGCCAUCAGGCCGGGCUACUCUCGAGGUGUCCCAGCUGUCCCCCCUUGUCAGGAAGACUCCCGGUGUGGCCAGAGCCAGAGCCCUGGAGGAGGCCCUGGAUGAUGCCUGUACCCCUAUCUGCUGCGGGGGCGGGGGGGGGGGCAGGGGCGCUAGUCAGGCCCUGCUCACCUCGCCUAUACCUGCAUUAGGGCUGUUCAAACACUGUGGAAACAAGACUUGGGCGCAUUUUCAAUUCCACAUUCCUGAUAAAAGGUCUAGUUUUUUAAAGUGGGUUUUUCCCUUCAUAUUUCAACAGAAAAUAUUUUUUUAUUCUCGACCCUGCACAAGUCUCCCCAGAAGUCCAGGCAUUCUCACCCUUAGCAAAGUGAGGCAACAGCCAAGCCCUGACCUGCAGGCUGGCCAGUGCCGGGACAGUGGCCACCACGCUGGUGCCUGUUGCUCUCCCUGGCCGCCCGCACUCCCCGUGCGCUUGGUGCCACCCAGUGCCAAACCCGGGGGCCAGGGGGGCCUCCGCUGACCACCUCUCUCCUGCCCGUCUGCUCCUGAGAAACCCACCACCUCACUCUGUACCACAGUCCCCCCCGGAACCUGGUCCCUGCAAGGACAAGGGGGGACUCGGAGCAGCUCUGUAGGCAUGUGGAGCCUCCUUGGUCCAGGGAAGGGCAACCAUCUUGCCCUCAGCCCGGGCUCUCCUGGCUUCUGCCACAGAGGAGCAUCCAGAUGGGCGGGUACUGCUGCCUGACUGACCUGCCCGGAAGAAGGAAGGCCAGGCCAGACACCCCCCCGCCCGUGAGUGUCUGGCCACACCACGGGGAGCAGCGAUGCUGCCCUUGGUAAAGAGCGUGGACCUGCUGCCAAGAUCACAAGGACAUGCGGCAGGAGCUGCCCAGUAGGCUGUGGAGCCUCAGUUUGCAAAGCCUGAGUUCCCAGAGCUGCCGUCAGGAGUGCUGCGGGACACUGGAAAUGUCAUCGGCGCAUGGGGGUUUUGGGGAUGAGAUGGGAGCCUAGAGUGGUUUUCAAGGUGAUGUUGAGACCCUUGGGGCCUCCCUUCAGGGGAAACCUGGGCAUAAUUGCUGCCUUCCCCUGCCUUUCUGGGCCCAACAGGCUCUCAGGCCUCGGGUCUUCUUUCUGCACUCAGCCGGGAUUGGGGGCCCUCAGGUGGAGACCGCCCAUCACUGUCAGCAGACGAACCUGCUCCCACCUCUCCCUUGGGUGAUUGGGCUGCUGAGUCACCUGCCCAGCCCUGUGGCACCGGGUAAAUUGUGCAAUAGAAUAGCGGAGGUGGGCGGGGAGGGGGCGCCACAGCUCCUGGCCCCUUGGGGAAUCAGCGCACACCUGUGCGCAGCACACCAAAGCUCCUAAACCAGAAAGUGGAUCCUUACCCUGCCUGUCCUCCCCCCUACCAUGGCCGGAGUAGUGCUCCCCUGCAGCCUGGCUGGGCCAGAAGUGCCCCAGACCCCGAGUGGGCAGGAGUCCGGCCCAGGACAGGCCGCCUGGGCCCAGCUGUGUUUCCUCGGCCUGGGAGUCUGUGUUUCAGAAAGUGCCGAGGAGGAGCUGGCGUCUGUGGGUGGGGUCUCCCGCCCCUCCGGGGUUUAUUAGCAUUAGAGAUGAUCCUCUCCCAAACCAAAAAGCUGCUGAUGCUUUCAGAGGAGCUGAUUUUUACCCCCGUCACCUCCAAUGGAAAGCUGAUGGGAACCUCAGUAGGGCGCACACUAUUUUUAAAUGUCAUUUUAUGCAAUAAGCCAUUUCUAGUGAGGGGCCCGGCCCUGAGAAGUGCUUUGCAACGUACUGAGGAACUGCUGCGUGUGAGUUUUGAAAGAUUUUACAGUAAAGAUAUGAUCUUUGCAAUCUCUGGUCUCUCUUCUGAAUCCUAAUGCAGCUGAUUGGGUGGGGGAACCCCGAGUCUCCAUCGCCAUCUGAAAAGGCCCCUCCC